AACCCAUUCGUUCUUUCAGUCUACUCGCAACCUCUGGAGGAGGUGGAUUACUCGUGUUCGUUCGCUGUCAAACGCGUUUCGGUGUGAUUUGUGUUUUUAUUGUGGUGUACAAUGGCUUACAACGGUGGUAGUGGCAAGAGACUGUGCUUAGGAACCGACCUGGACGUAGAGAGGAGUAAUGGCAACAAUUACAUGUCAGGCGAGCCAAGGCGUAAGCGCGAGAUGCCCGCGCGGCCGAACCACAUUCUGCUCUACACCAUCAUCAACCCGGCUUAUCCCAUCACUGUGGAUGUCAUACACACGAUCAGCACGCCACACGGCCAAGUACAGAGGAUUGUCGUCUUUAAGAAGAAUGGAGUGCAGGCGAUGGUUGAGUUCGAGAGCAUCGAAUCUGCGACGCGAGCUAAAGAAGCUCUACACGGCUGCGACAUUUACUCCGGAUGCUGCACUCUCAAAAUCGAAUUUGCGAAGCCUGAAAGACUAAACGUUUUCAAAAACGACCAAGACAGCUGGGACUACACAUUGUCAGAAGACGUCCAGCCAACACAGCGAAGUGCACCACUCCUGCAGUCUCCUCAGUACACUGGCGGAAGACCACAGCCAUACAAUCCGACCACAAUGACCUCACAAGCGCCGAGACCAUGCAGCGAGGACUCAUGCAGUCAGCACAGUCAGAUGUCUUGUGAACAGAACGAUAUGGACUUCGGUAGUGGAGGUCCACCGCCUCCGGGAAUGAUGAAAGAUAGACAUGGUCCCCCGCCACCGCAUCACCCGCGAGAUGGUCGCGGUUACGGUCCAGAAGGCUACGGUGGUGAAGGCUUCGUACCACCUCCUCCGAUGCACCACCCGCCAAUGCCACCACAGAAUCAGGGUGGUCCCCCUCAACAAGGAGCAGUGAUGAUGGUAUACGGGUUGGACCCGAAUACGGUCAACGCUGAUCGAUUGUUCAACCUUUGCUGUUUAUACGGAAAUGUUGUGAGAAUAAAGUUCCUCAAAACGAAGGAAGGCACGGCGAUGGUUCAAAUGGGUGACGGAGUGUCCGUCGAGCGAUGUGUUCAAAACCUCAACAACGUCACCGUCGGCGACUACACACUCACACUCGCUUUCUCAAAACAGGCGUACCUAUCGGAAGUAAUGAACCCUUACCCCCUACCAGACAAGAGUCCCUCGUUCAAAGACUACGUCGGCAACAAAAACAACCGUUUCUUGACGCCCGCCUCCAUACACAAGAACAGGAUACAGCCUCCGUCCAAGGUUCUGCAUUUCUUCAACACGCCGCCCGAUGUGUCGGACGAACAGCUGUUACAGGUAUUCCAGGACUACGGAGUGACGCCUCCUCAUACCAUCUCCAAGUUCCCGCUGAAGAGCGAAAGAUCAUCGUCGGGUUUGAUGGAGUUCCAGAACAUAUCUCAGUCGGUGAUGGCCAUUAUGGCGUGCAAUCACGCGACCAUACAACACCCAGGUGCAAAAUUCCCGUUCGUUAUGAAGCUCUGCUUCUCCUCGUCGAGGCAGAUCGGGCAGGGCAAGGGACAGACUCCGACCAAGAACCAGAACCACAACCAGAACCAAGACAACAACCGACAAGGCCACGACAACGGCAUCGACCAGGACUAUUACUAACGGCGAUGUGGCGGCGAACACACAAACACACAUAUCAAGACGGACGGCACACAGACACACACAGGCACACCACUACGAGUGCAAGGGGAAUGGGGAUAACAUGGGGAUUGCCAUUGCUUAAUUAUAAAAACAAAAAAAAAAAGAACAUUUAAAUUACAAAUUUUCGGAUCCACAUUACAAUAACGACUGAAGGAUAAUUUUUAGCGAUGGCAACAUUUAUAAUUCCUUUAUAUUAUAAUUUGUGAUCUAGUUCACUCAUAAAGACAUUAACAGAUAGUUAAUAUAAUAUUAGACACUAUAACAAUUUGUUUCAAAUAACACAUGAUUACAUUUCCAUUAUAUAUAUUAUUUUAUUUUUUUUCUUAUGUUUUGUUUUGGGGUUACCCGUUAAAUGCAAACGCAUUUCGUUUUACGUAGCGAGCGAUUUAGUUUUAAUAAGCAUUAUUCCCAUUUAUUAAUUAAUACUAGUUUUAGUUUAUUGUCGUUACUAAACGGUGACAUUUUCAAACGUUGUUCUCAAUACAUUCGACUGUAACUUCUAAAUGACUAAUAUAUAAUAUCGAGUUUUGAAAAUGACACCGUUUCGCCCAUUUAGUGUGACGAUAAUCAAUAGAAUUAUUAAUUUGUGAUUUCGUAUGUGCGCAAUGUCGUAUAAAGAUGUAGAUUUUCUUUUUGUUUGUAAUAAAAAAAAAAAAAAAACUUUAUAUUAUGAUUUAAAACGUAUUUUGUAAUAUUUUAUUCGGUUGUACGAUAACUUGGCAGUUGUGAAUUGUACAAGAAAUAAAAAUGUGGUAUGAGGUAGAUUAUUUGAGUUUUAUUUUUCAUUUUUAUUAAUAGGCUUGGAGUGUGCAUGUUUUGCUGUACGCACGUUCUGACGUCACUAGUGUGGCGGGUCGACGAUCCGUUUAACCUGAUCCGUUUUAAGAACCAAAAUGUGUAAUUAUAAGAAUAGUUUAGCACUCUUUAGGCUAGUAGUAAGUGUCAUUGCAAUGUCAAUUAUAUUCGACUAGUGGAAAAAAAAUUAUGAACCGUAACAGAUUUUCUAUAAAUUUUUCUUAAAAAUUAUAAAAAUGUGACGAUUGGAAUAAAUUAAGAAUGCCUGCACAAUAAUUCAUCGUUCAAACUUUGCAGGCGGUGUUUUGAUGUUAAGUGAACUGUGGGAAAUAUUUCGAAAGUGGAUUUUGCUGCAAAUUUUGAACCGGUUUUUAUAAUUAGAUCGUCAAUACACGAACACCAAAUGGUACCAUAAUCACGCUGUCUUUUUGUUCGUACUUAGAAUAGAUUUGUAUGGUGUGAAGUGUGGUAGCUUGUCUAUAUUGCUGUUUAUGAUAUGACUGUGUCUUUUAACUGUUUGAUUAAACUAACAAUCAAAAACUUUGAAAGGAAUUAAUUUAAUUUAAAAAUAUUUUUUAUCUGUUAUACCGUAAACAGUUGUAUAGCUGGCAAAAUAAAAAAAAAAAGUAAUAGUCCCUUUAAUAGCUGAUUAAAACCAUUGUUAUCAGGUAAAUAGAUGCAUAUCUUUUUCUCUAGAAAUAUUUUCAAAUUUGAAAAAAAAAUAAAUGUUUUAGUAUUAGGACAUUGGUGUCGUGAUAGCUUACUAUGUUUUGUGUUUGAUGUAUAUAAGGAAAGUAAUUACGUUGUCUGUAAUAUUUUUUAUAAUAAGUGCUAUGAAAUAUUGUAUGAGAAACAUAAUGUUAGCGAAUCAAACAACUCCUGAGAAAUAACAUCCACAAGCAAAUAAAAAAAUAUACCAUGGCUUAUUUAUUUGUAAAUGUUUUUUAACGUAUUAAAAAAAUGUGUUCAAUUUAUUGCGUACAAUUUCUAAACGAAAUUAAUUUGACAAGACUAGAUUCUUGCUAUCUUUUUCAACCUUACAUGGGAAAAAGAGAUAGCAAUAUUUUAGAUUUUUUAUCAAAUAAGCUGAGCUUAGAGAUUGUAUGCAUAAAGAUCGGACACUGUAUAUUACUCUCAAAUUAAAUGUCUGAAAUGAUAAAGACAAAACAUAAUCUAUUUAAAAUACGUUAAUAAAACUUUAUAAAUGAUGCCAUUUUGAAAAAUCACGCUCAAAAUAAACUGUAAUAAAUUCACAACACUUGUAUGCGACACACAGCACGAACUGUCGGAACUGAAAAGUGAAAAUAUAAAAAACAUACAUAAAAAAUACCGCACUCUAGCCUUUUACAUAUUUUAAGAUAAUGUAACGAUUAUAUUUAGUUCUUGUUUCUUAUUUCUAGACAUUACAUUGAUAUUAGGUACUUGUAGUUACAUCGUAAACAUUAAAUACAUGUCAACACAACAAACUUCUUUCAUUUAAACACAACCAGAACAUUCUAAACCCUCAGGCCUCAAUGGAUACAACAUUCUACAACAAACAAGGAAUACAAAACGCAACUGAUCACUUUAUUCUCCUAUUUUAAUUUAUCAUUCAAAUUAACCUAAAAAUUUCCUUAAAUAUCAAAAAUAACAAUACUAUUUAUUUGUCUAUAGUAAUUAACUAACAUUAUACGUUUAUAUUUUGUAAACAAAUAGUCUUCACUCACUCAAUUGUUUUUUAAUAUAUUCUAUAUUUGAAAAAGUAUAAAAGUAUAGAUUGUUGUUUUUUUUUUUAAUUGUUGAUGUUUUUUGUUACUCGAAACAAUGAUAAUAUUCCUUUUAUGGACGACAAUAAACUUUAGUUGAGAUACAUUUUAAAAUUUAAAUGAAAUAUAUUUAUCAUACAUUCACAUUAUUACGACGUGCCAUUAUUAUGAUUGCUCAAAUAUAUAUUAUAUAUAUACAAAUUUUAUAAAAAUUGUUAUAAUGUCGCAAGCUUAUGUCGUAAUUUUUUUUCGCACCAAAAAUUCAUAAAUGUAUAAAGUGUGAAGAUAAAAGAGUUAAGUUUAAAUGUACAUAUUAAAUUGUUUCGUUAUGAAAUAUAUUUCUCUUAGUUUUAUUGUAAAGUCUGUAAUAAAUUAUAUUUAAUGUUAGGACGCUGCACGUACGACGCGAAAUGAUGUAAAUUGUAUAGAAAUAAACAUGUUUUUGAUUGA